AAAAACCACAAAAAAAAAAAAAAACAAAAGUCUUGGAAUUCAUCCAAAUAGUGAUACCAAAGAGCAGUCGAAUAUGGUACGGAUCAAACUCUCAAGAUCCAUCGGACCUUUGCCAAGACGUAUUUUUCGAUCAUCUUUGCCAUUGACUCCAUGGUAUCUUCCAUGUUGCCCGCCGAUGAUUGAUGGGAAAUGCCCUAAUUGUUCGUAUGAUCCUUCUACCGACGAAGAAGAAAUUGUUGGUGGAUCUUCAAAACCAACUACUGAAACCAACGACGAAAACGAUGAUGUGCUUGAUAAUUAUUGUUCCUUCUGCAUAGAGUUGCCUGACAGACCUGUCACUACUCCAUGUGGGCACAAUUUUUGCUUAGAAUGUUUUAAGAAAUGGAUGAAACAAGGAAAGCAAACUUGCCCAAAUUGUAGGACUACAAUUCCAACAAAAAUGGCGAGUACUCCACGAAUCAACACACAAUUGGCAAUCACCAUGCGUAUGGCUAAACUAGCCAGAUCGAAAGGUGUUGGAGGAAGUAUUACUCCAAAAGUUCAUUGCAUUGACCACUACGCCAUUCUCGUGACUAUUCCAAAAGAUCAUUUUGGACCCAUCGUAGCUGAGAAUGAUCCUACUAGGAAUCGUGGGGUUCUUGUUGGUGAUAAAUGGAAGGAUAGGAUGGAAUGCAGGCAAUGGGGUGCUCAUUUUCCCCAUAUUGCGAGGGUUGCAGGUCAAAAGAACCAAGGUGCUCAGUCUGUUGUUUUGUCUGGUGGUUACACACAAGAUGAAGAUCAUGGUGAGUGGUUCACUUAUACCGGAAGUGGUGGAAGAAAUCAGUUCUUGGACCAUCAAUUUAAUAAUACGAAUGAGGCCUUGCGACUCAGUUGCCGAAAAGGCUAUCCUGUUCGUGUUGUUAGGUCCCACAAGGAGAAACAGUCCUCUUAUGCACCGGAAGCAGGAGUGAGAUACGACGGGGUUUAUAGAAUUGAUAUAUGUUGGUCCGAAUUUGGAAAAAAUGGUGAGAAGGUUUGCAGGUAUUUGUUUGUGAGGUGUGACAAUGAACCAGCGCCUUGGACAAGUGAUUUAUCUGGAGAUUAUCCCCGUACACUACCUUUUAUCGAGGAGUUUAGGGAUGCAGUUGAUAUUAUUGAAAGGAAUGGCGAUCCAUCAUGGGACUUUGAUGAGGAAAAAGGUUGCUGGUUGUGGAAGAAGCCUCCACCAUUAAGUAAGAGGCCACUGAACAUUGUGGAUCCUAUAGAGAAUGCUCUGAAUCCUCCACUGAAGCGGACGAAAGGUGCUGGUGGCAAGGCUGUGAUGAAGUGAAUUUUUUCUAUUGCUUUGCUCAUAGACAAAAUAAUUUUAUGUUUUCUUUUUCUUGCGUACUUCUCAUGGUUUGAGAAUAUAUAUAUAUAUUGGAUUUGGAAUCUGUGUUUAUUAGCUAGGUAUCACCUAUUUAAAUGUGUCAUUUCUUAAACAUGACAAGUAAUGAAUGCAUUGUAUAUUUUCAUAUAUGUGAGAGCUGCAUUUAGAA